UAUGGCCUCUGUCUCUCGUUACUUAUUUAAGCUAUCAACUGUCCAUUCCCGCAGCUUUAGUAACAGAUCUGUUUUCUUCGUGGGUCCGUUAUCACUAAGAAAGCCCGAGGACAAGAUUCUUCAAACUAUUCCCCUUUUUUUCUUCAUUAUUAUUAAUUCAAUGAGAAGAACAAGUGGAAUAUAAUUUCAAAACGAACGUGAAGAUGAUGAAGAUCCGAAUAGAAAUUACGCUGUGUUUAGUCCUAUUUCUAGUCCUCGCGCCAUUUUGCAUUUGCUCCGGCGAGCGGCUCCUUGUUGGCAUGACUCUUGUUCGAAACGCCACCGCUCACGGCGCCGUCUGUUUGGAUGGAAGUUUGCCGGCGUAUCAUCUUCACAGAGGAUUCGGCGCCGGAUCAAACAACUGGAUUUUACAGUUUGAGGGUGGUGGGUGGUGUAAUGACAUAUCAUCGUGCCUGGAGAGAGCCAAAACUCGCCGCGGAUCAACUCGCUACAUGAGCAAGUUAGAAGUCUUCUCUGGCAUCUUAAGCAGCAACGCCUCCCUCAAUCCAGAUUUUUACAACUGGAACCGUGUGAAGCUGAGAUAUUGUGAUGGAGCCUCAUUUUCAGGAGAUAGCAAGUUUGAUAACGGGACGUCAUUGCUUUAUUUCAGAGGGCAAAGAAUUUGGGAAGCAAUUAUCCAUGAUCUUCUACCUAAAGGGUUGUCAAGAGCACGCAAGGCCUUGCUUUCAGGUUGCUCUGCUGGGGGUCUAGCAACCUUUUUGCACUGUGACAACUUCACAAAGAUGUUACCAAGCAAUGCCAGUGUGAAAUGUUUAAGCGAUGCUGGAUUUUUUCUGGAUGAACGAGACAUAAGUUUGAAUUAUUCUAUGAGGUCCUUCUAUCAUGAUCUAGUUGCCUUACAGGGGAUAGAACAAAAUCUAAAUCCAAAUUGCACGAGGUCGAUCAGCAAUCCAAAGCUGUGUUUCUUUCCCCAGUACGCAUUGAACUAUAUCUCAACACCUUAUUUCAUCUUGAAUUCAGCUUAUGAUGUAUUCCAGUUCCAUCAUAGUUUGGUUCCACCAUCUGCUGAUUUGCACGGACACUGGAAUCGUUGCAAGCUUGACCCAGCUGCAUGCAGUGCAUACCAGAUCAGUGUAUUGCAAGGUUUGAGGCGUGAUAUGCUUGUGGCUCUUUACCCAUUCUACAAAAAUUCAAGAAGAGAUGGGAUGUUUUUAAAUUCAUGCUUUGCUCAUUGCCAAAGUGAGUCACAGGACACAUGGUUUGCUGUUGAUUCUCCAAGAAUACACAAUAAGACCAUUGCUGAAGCAGUUGGAGAUUGGUACUUUAGCAGAAAAAUAACCAAAGAGAUUGAUUGUCCAUAUCCAUGCGAUAAAACUUGCCACAACCUUAUACCUUCACCUCAGGGUCUCAAUGCUACUUUUACCUACAACCUACAAUCUUCCUGACAGGGCUGCUAUUUGGUAAAAAUAACACUGUUGUCGCCAUUGAAAUGCAUCUGCAGGUUUCACUGAGAUAGAUUAUUCUUUUUCUUCCAAGAACAAAUUCUUCAGUAUACAUCAUAUCUGUUGAACCUGGUCGUUCGCACGCCGUAGCUUUAAUGGUGAUUAAACGAAGUCCAGGUAUUUUAAUGUUUUAAUUCUUUUUUAAAAAGUGAUUGUUGCCCCAAAAUCACAUAUCAUUUAAUUACAAUUCAUUCAAAACAAUGAAUGAAACCAAUUGAUUUCCAUUCAUUGUUUAAAAAAACAAACUUUUAUAAUAGCAGGAUAGCAGCAAAACUGUGUCGAAGUUACGGUUUUUCCUAUUUUUUUUAAAUUGGUCGUAAUUGUAAUUGAAAUUGAAAAUUACUUUCUAUACAUAAAAAUAGGCAACAAUAUUCAUUACU